UUGAAGAGGAUUGGAACGGGGCUUAAAGCGUUUGACUAUCCAGAAUAUCGACCGUAACUCGGCAUAAUAAACCUUUGUUUACAUUAUGGACUACAUUUGUUAUUCAGUUUUCAUGUUCUAAAUCUUGAUUCUUCUUAAAAUUAAAAACAUCGUUUAAAAGCAUAAUUUGCGUUCAAAGAGUUUUGUUUUAAAAUCCUUUUAACUUGGUGGAAUAUAAUUGUACUAACUGUUUUAAGACAGCUCGUUUCUAGCUUAAGGUUCGGUAUUGUGAAGAUAAACAAUAUACAUUUUUCUGGAUUACUCUAACUGUUUUCGCAGAGGAAAUACAUACAUUUUGGACAAAAUGUCGGGGAUGCAGCCCACAUAUGAUGAACAGCAGAUCGAGGAGAUGUUCGGCGUAUUUGACAGUAACAGCGACAAAAAAAUAACAACGGAUGAGUUUGGGAUGGUACUUCGGGCCCUGAACUUUAACCCUACGGACAAGGAGAUUGCCGAUUUUAUUAAAAAGCUCGACACAGAUAAUUCUGGUUUUCUCGAACUCGACGAAUUCAUAAAAUUCUUCAAGGAAUACAAAGGCAAACACCAGAAUGACGAAAAAGCCAUCAGAAAUGCAUUUAAAGCCUUCGAUAAGAACGGCAACGGGAUGAUUGAAGCCAGCGAAUUGCGAGCAAUCAUGCAAAGAUGCGGGCAGACAUUGUCGGACAGCGAGAUUGAAGAGAUGAUAAAGGUCGCGGACUCGAACCACGAUGGAAAAAUUAACUACAACGAGUUCGUCGAAUUUAUUUGCAAGCCGGUGAAAUAGCCUGAGAUUCAUCUCCAUGAUCAUCACAAAACGUACACUCCCUGGUGCCUCAUCAUAUCUCAUCGAAACAAGUGAUCUGUCCAGGAUGUGCUCAUUCAUCGAUGCCUUGGAAUAACAUUCAUGUGACAAACUGUAAAUUGGUGAUUGAUAAUAGAUCUGACUUUUAAAAAAGAAAAAAAAUCUUCAUAGACCGAAUGUGACUGUACAUUGAACGGAUUUAUCGCUUCUUUAGUUAACUCUUUAUUAACAUUUUGGCACCCGGACCUUUUUCAAAAUAAUAUCAAAGAUGUAUGGCAAAUAUAAUAUUAUAGAGAAUAUGUUUUAAAUUGCGUUGUAUAAUACAUUUGCCUUGUAAAGUCUAAAAAUAUAAAAAAUACUGUCUUGUAUAAAGAGAAUAUACAGUAUAUUCAAAUGUGCCUAUGAUGUGUUAAAAUUUGUUGCUCAGGACAAGAGACUUAUAAUGUCGGCUUAUUAUAGCAGAACACAUUUAGAUUUAAAAAAAAUGUAACCUAAAUCACUUUAUUAAAACAAGUUAAAUUAUUGUGGCUUGGAAAUAUUAGAUUCAAACUAUCAAAUUAUGAAUGCCAAGACACAUAAAGAGCGGCGAAACAAUUACGUUAUACAAUAAACAUGUAUUACUAAUUCAAUAUUUAGGGGUUCUAACGAUCAGGGGCCAUGAUUACGAACAGUCUCAAGUCCAAGUCUAGACUCAGACUCAGAAAAGCAUUUUUAUAAAGGAACAAACAAUCAUAUUUAUUUCAUUUCUUUUACAAAAAUGUAUGUACAUAAAGAUAAAACAUUUAAAUAUUAAUAUAUUUUAACAAAUUUUACCAUCAAUACUCUGAUAGAGGGAAAGUUACAUGAAAUGAAGUUUUGCCAUAAUGAGUCUUGAGUCUGAACUCAGACUUGAGACUGUUCGUAACCACUGCCCCAGGAUUCAGGCUUUAAUCACUAAUGGAAGCCUUUAAGGUAUGAAUAGUGUACAAUAGUAUUUUUCUCAGACAUUUACACCAAACACUGUAGGAAGUACAUUGACAUACAUUGAGUAUAAAUAUAUAUGGAAACAUUUUAAAAAUUAAAGGGGUCUAAACCCUUACUCUGGUUUUGGCAUAAAUCCCAAUUAUCAAUAAUCAGUUAUCAACUGAAGUUAAUCGUAGGGUCAUGCAUCAUUGACUUCAUCCACUCUAUUGGUCAGUUAUUAAUAGCAAGUAAUCCGAUUAACUACAUCGUCCAUAUAUCCAAUUCAGACCAAUUGAUCGAAAAUUAUCGUCAGAAAGAAUCCCUGAAUAUAGUAAUGUUGAAAACAAAACUAUAACCAUUAUUAACUAUAACAACAAAUAGAAACAUCUUCAUUUACAACGUUUCAGGUCUUAAUUUCAGCAAAUUGUAUACACAAUUUUAGGUAUAUUUCGUGCCCCCUCCCCCCCUUCCUACCCCCUCUUUAUUGACAUCCAAAUUAUUUUGAUUGCACGAUUAUCGUGACACGAGUAUGUUGACAAUCACACAUUCCACUCAGGUGAAGGAAGGGACCUUAACGUACAGAACACAAUAGGCCGAGUCUUCAGUACUUUGUUAACGUUAACAACGUGGUUAUCGGAAUCGUUGUUAACUUUAAAAGUUGGGCUAUUUUAUGACGUGCUGCUUUAUUUAAAAAACCAAUAACACAACAAGCAAAGCUGAAUCAGUUGCCUCAACUGUUGUGAAAAGUACCUCUGAUUACUUGCGUGUCGAUGAAACUUUUAGGGUAUUAACGAUUUGAAAGUUAACAACGAUCCGGCUAAUAUAUAUGUAUAAUAAAUGAGGUCGCUUGUAUUAUAACAUGUUUUUCUUACAAUCGGAGCACCUUGAUCUUUUUGCAUCGAAAACAAAAUUGUUUUCGAGGCGAUGUCCUCGGUUGGAAAUGACCGAGGUGUUCCGAUUGGUAUUGUUUUUAAAAAUAUUUCCGGUUUGGUCACAUGACAUACAAGAUUGAUUCAGGUCAACUAAAGUCAAGGUUACUAUAAUCUACUCUGGUACAAAAUAUCCUUUCUAUUAAAAGCACCUUCUCAACACUGUCUGUGAUAGAAUUUAACAGUGCUUUUGUUUUUUUUCUUAUUGUAUUCUUUUUAUUUUAUUUAAUAUGUUCGAUGAUAUUUGAGUACAUUUCAGUUUCUUGAAUGUCUCAUUCGAGGGUUGUUCUUUAAGUUGGCGGAAUUUUACUUUAAAAUCUCAAAACACAUAUGUUGUUGAAAAUGAUUGUAAAUGGGUACAAAUUAAGUUCAAUUUGAUCUGAAUUGAUGGUACAAAAAAGGCGUACGAAUCCUGUUAUUCAUGACAACACUUUUCUUUUUAUGUUUAAAUUCUCGAACUUUAAGAACAACCCUCUUACAUGUGUUAUACGCCGAUAUUUUGUAAAUAUUUAAAACUGUGUAAACACGUAAUUAUUUCGUUGUUUAAUGAAUGUUUAAUUUUAAGAGAUUAUUCAAUUAUUAUUUUUUUUAAAAUGUAACCGUUUUUUAGACAUUUUUCUUGUAACAUUUGUUGUAAUUCAAAGAAAACUUAUAUAAAUAGAUAGCUGUCUCAGUAGGUAAUACACUGUGUCUCUAAAUGUUGCUUCACAUAUAUAGAGUAAUAGAGUAAAAACUUAUUUCUAGAUUUCAGAAAAUAAUAAAAUAUCUGGACCUGAUUUCUCGAAACUUCUUAUGCCUAACCAACUUAGGUAGCUUAUUUUGUUUGACAAAUGUCUGUUUGACAAGUUUAACAAAAUAAUGUGGGGGCACCAAUCAUUAUAAAUUCCCUUUAUAGUACAUAAGGUACCAAACAUAGAUUUUAAAAAAAUCAGCAGUUUACCAAAACAUUUUUCAAUAUGAUAAUAAACGAUCACUUUAAUGGCAAUUUAAAAUUCAAAACUUGAAGUUGUUAAUACUUAACGAUUCGAUAUUUAAUAAUAUCUGUUUUUGCAGCACAUUAUCCAUUUAUUUUUUCGAUUUAGUAUUGUGAUUAUGCAAUAUAUGUAAUAACUUGUAGAUUUACUAGAAAAUAAAACGAAAGAG